GCGUGGGUUCGCUUAGGUGACACAAUUAUAACAACUUUUAUCUUCGCGGCCGAAACGCGUUUUUAUUGCGAAAUACUCACGCCUGGGAACUAGCGCGCAGUUAUUUCGUUCAAACUGCGGCGCAGGAUCACUUUGUGAUGAACGAUGUGACGUUUGAGGAGCCACCCGGAGAGCGCGUCUGUCCCCCCGAAAGGAUUUACUACAUCGAAUCGCAUCUUCUCAUCCUGGGAGAAAAGUUUUCCGUCGUUUUGUUCCCCGCGGUUUUUCCUAUUUGAUUCGGCCGGAGCCGCGCGUUGUGCCGCCGCCGCGUCGCGAUCUCCCAUGCAGUCGUGCGGUGUGUCUCUCGCCGCCGCUGCCUGCGCUGCCGCCCGGAGUCUCGGCUCGGCUUCUUCUGGUGGUGAUGAGGGAAAGAAAAUGGCGGCGGGAAAAGCGAGUGAAACAGAGGAGGACUUCCCGACACUGACAGCCCCGGAGAGGGACAGUUUGGCCGGGAUCGACAGCUCACUGUUUGGAUUUCAGAAGCUUCAUGAAGAUGGCGCCAGAACGAAGGCCCUGUUGAUGAAGGCUGUCCGCUGCUACGAUUCGCUCAUCCUUAAGGCCGAGGGGAAAGUGGAGCCGGAGUUAUUCUGCCAGCUCGGCCACUUCAACCUCCUCUUGGAGGAUUAUCCGAAAGCAUUAUCGGCAUACCAGAGGUACUACAGUUUACAGUCAGACUACUGGAAGAAUGCUGCCUUUCUGUAUGGCCUGGGAAUGGUCUACUUCCACUAUAAUGCCUUUCAGUGGGCGAUCAAAGCAUUCCAGGAGGUGCUGUACAUAGACCCAGGGUUUUCCCGGGCCAAGGAGAUCCACCUUCGCCUGGGUCUCAUGUUCAAAGUCAACACAGACUACGAGUCAAGCCUAAAGCAUUUUCAGCUGGCUUUGAUUGACUCCAACCCCUGCACUUUGUCCAAAGCUGAAAUCCAGUUCCACAUUGCUCAUUUGUAUGAGAUUCAGAAGAGAUACCGGGCUGCAAAGGAGGCCUACGAGAGCCUCCUGCAAACGGAGGAUCUUCCUGCACAGGUGAAGGCCACUACCCUGCAGCAGCUUGGCUGGAUGCAUCACACGGUGGAGCAGCUCGGGGACAGGUCCAGCAGGGACAGCUAUGCCAUCCAGUGUCUGCAGAAAUCUCUGGAGGCCGACCCCAACUCUGGACAGUCCUGGUACUUCCUUGGCAGGUGCUACUCUAGUAUUGGGAAGGUCCAGGACGCCUUCAUCUCCUAUCGGCAAUCCAUAGACAAAACCGAGGCCAGUGCAGACACCUGGUGCUCUAUAGGGGUGUUGUACCAGCAGCAGAACCAGCCCAUGGACGCCCUCCAGGCCUACAUCUGCGCCGUGCAGCUGGACCACAGCCACGCCGCCGCCUGGAUGGACCUGGGCACGCUGUACGAGUCCUGCAACCAGCCGCACGACGCCAUCAAGUGCUACAUCAACGCCACACGCAGCAAGGGCUGCACCAACACCACCGCGCUCACCCACCGCAUCAAAUGCCUGCAGGCUCAGUUGAGUAACCCCCAGCUCAGUAGCCUACAGGGUAAAAGUAAAAUGCUCCCUCUUAUUGAGGAGGCAUGGAGUCUGCCAAUCCCAGCCGAGCUAACCUCCAGGCAGGGAGGCCUGAGCAGUGCACCACAGCAGGCUUGUAAGCCCAAUCACAGUGCAGAGGGAGGGGGCUCGGGUCAGUCUCUGCCCCCUCACUUGGGCUCGCUGGGCCAAGCGGAGGACCAGUCCUGCCCAGCCAAGAGGAGGAGAGCCUCCAGCCCUUCGAAGGGUGAAUUAUGGGCCAGUAAUCCAGCACAGCCAGUUCCCAACUGGUACCUCUCCCCACAGAAAUUACAGGUGCUGGAACAGUUGCGGAGUAACAGCGCCAGCUUGAAGCCACCGCAGCUUCAAAUGUUGGAGCAGCUGGAGGCUCAGCUCGCCAUGAUGCAGCAGCACCAGCACCAGAUGAGACAGAACGCCUCAGGAGGUCCGGUGCGUCCCUCUCUCCCCAACGGCCCCACCUCCAACUCCCUCCCCUCCCCCAACCCCAGCCUCCGGCCCCACCUGGGACCCCACCGGCCCCUGUGCCCGCCGCAGCUGCUGGCCAACGGGCCCAUGGGCCCCGGGACGCAAGGACCCUCGGACUCCCUCCCCGUGGGCGACAACAGUAAGAGUAGUAACAGUAGUAGUAAUAAUCAGCCAGGGCCGUCGGACACGGGGCCCAACGGAGACGUGCCUUACCUGCAACCUGCCGGCAGCGGCGACCCAACACUGCUACCUCACACCUGCACAAGCACGCAAACACAGGACGCCGCGCCGCACCAGGCCCUGCACCUAAACACCUCUCAGGGGCUUCAGAGAGGGUCUAUUCCACAUGCGAUGGGCUCCAACAGUGACGGGGCCCCCUCUCACUCGCAGACCCCCAACUCCACUGCCCCUGUGCACCCCAACAAUCAGGUUGGACAUUCCACUAACGCCCCAUCGCCACGGCAGCAGCCUCACAACCACCUCCCAUCCCCACCCUCCCUCCCGCACUCCUCUACCUCAGGUGGAGCAGCACCCGGUGCGUCCGCUACCAAAGAUAGCAACACCACAGCCGCCCUCGCCACGGCGGCCGCGUCCCUCGGCAACGGGGGCACAGAGGGCAAGACGCCAUCGCCGCUGCCGUCGGCUGAUGGCAAAAAGGCACAGGCAGACGGCCUCGCCAAUCAUGUCCACUCGGGGGAUGGCGGCAAGGUGGCAGAAGGUGGCGAGAAGCCGAGCCUUAGCGCAGACAAUCUUAGACUUUCUGCCCUGCUGGCGGGGGGGAAGGGGCCUGAUGUGGGCGAGGGAUCGUCAGAAGGGACUGUAUCCACAGCAUCCGCCACGCCCGAGCCCCACAAGAAGGUCAACAACAUCCACCCGGCCGUCCUGCCCUCCACCCCCCACGCGCAGGGCAGCUCGGCCGCCUCCUCGCCCAUCUCCGCCAUGUCCACGGCCACGCCCUCGCCCAAAUCCUCAGAACACACCCAAACUGGCGUCCACAGUCCUGCCACCGCCACCACCACCACCACCACCACAUCUGCUGCACCGGCCGUGAAUGGUAACGGCAAAGGGGGCAUCUCCGAGGACUCCCAGAGCCCGCAGAAGGCCGAGCCGCCUGCCUUCACAGGUCUUAAAGCUACGCCCCCACAUGGACACAGCUCGUCAUCGUCGUCUUCGGUCUCCAUCUACCCCAGCUCCACAGACGUGCUGAAGGCCUGCAGAAACCUGGGGAAGAACGGUCUCUCCAACAGCAGCAUCCUCCUCGACAAGUGCCCCCCGCCCCGGCUGCCCCCUCCGCCCUCGCCAGUCCUGCCCAAAGACAAGCUCAACCCCCCCACACCCAGCAUCUAUCUGGAGAACAAGAGGGAUGCUUUCUUCCCCCCUCUGCACCAGUUCUGCACAAACCCCUCCAACCCCGUCACUGUCAUCAGAGGACUGGCUGGAGCUCUCAAACUGGACCUGGGUCUGUUCUCCACAAAGACGCUGGUGGAGGCCAACCCCGAGCACCUGGUGGAGGUCUGGACUCAGCUCUCGCAACCCGCCGACGAGAACUGGGACCCGGCCGGCACCAAGAAAAUGUGGCGCUGCGAAAGCGCCCGCGCCCACACCACUAUCGCCAAAUACGCCCAGUAUCAGGCUGCUUCCUUCCAGGAAUCCCUGCGGGAGGAGAAUGAGAAGAAGGCACUGAAAGAGCCCUCGGACGCAGAGCCAGCAUCAGCAGAGAGUGUUGCACGCAAAAGAAGAGGACCCUUAAAGCACAUCAAGUUCGGAACCAACAUCGAUGUGUCGGACGAAAGGAAGUGGAAACAGCAGCUCCAGGAGCUCAGCAAACUCCCGGCCUUCGCUCGGGUCGUAUCCGCCGGGAACCUGCUGAGCCACGUGGGUCACACCAUCCUGGGUAUGAACACGGUUCAGCUCUACAUGAAGGUCCCCGGGAGCAGGAUAGCAGGUCACCAGGAGCACAACAACUUCUGUGCCGUCAACAUCAACAUCGGACCCGGAGACUGUGAGUGGUUCGCUGUGCCCGAGCCUUACUGGGGAGUGAUGAGCAACUUCUGUGAAAAGAACAACAUCAACUUCCUGAUGGGCUCGUGGUGGCCCAACCUGGAGGACCUGUACGAGGCCGACGUGCCCGUGUACCGGUUCAUCCAGCGGCCGGGCGACCUGGUGUGGCUCAACACCGGCACCGUGCACUGGGUGCAGGCCAUCGGCUGGUGCAACAACAUCGCGUGGAACGUGGGACCUCUCACGGCUCACCAGUACAAGCUGGCGGUGGAGCGAUACGAGUGGAACAAGCUCCAGAGCGUCAAGUCGAUGGUUCCCAUGGUGCACCUCUCCUGGAACAUGGCUCGCAACAUCAAAGUGUCCGACCACAAGCUGUUUGAGAUGAUCAAGUACUGCUUGCUGCGGACGUUGAAGCAGUGCCAGAGCGUGAAGGAAGCCUUGGUGUCAGCGGGCAAGGAGACCGUACUGAAGCCGAGGACCAGGGACGAACCGGCUCACUACUGCACCAUCUGCGAGGUGGAGGUGUUCGACCUGCUGUUUGUGCGCCGCGAGCUCCUCUCCAAGAAGCAGCACGUGGUCCACUGCCAGGACUGCGCCAGGAAGGGCAGCGCGACACUGGACGACUUUGUGGUGCUGGAGAUGCACAGGAUGGACGACCUGAUGCAGGUCUACGACCAGUUCACAUUAGCCCCUCCUCUUCAUUCAUCUUCAUCUUGACAUUAGGCGACGCCUCUUUCUUCUUCUGCUGCGGAGCCGCGACGCCCAUGCACAGGAACUUGUGUUAAAUAAAUAAACAAAUACAAAAAAAAAAAAAAUGGAACAAAACAAACAUCUUCAUACACGGACCAUUUCUGAUAUUCAGGAAAGCCAAGGCCGUCUCCCCCCCCCCCCGCCCUCUCCACCGCCCUUCCCAUAUGGCUGGUCUCCAUAGCGACGGCUGGAGGCUGAGUGUGUCUGUCUAUGCAACCUGUUUUUCGAAGUGCUGGGGCCCGGCCCUUCCAGAGGGGGGCGCCGCCGAGCUCGCUAAACAGGACUUGUCUCCCCCUCCCCGCCUGCCCCCUCUAAUGACAAUGGUUCUGCCCUGUUUUACUGGAGGACUUAAUCAAAAACGGUUGGGAACAGGGGGGUCGGGAUUCUUUAAGGCGUGAUAAAAAUGUUUUGUAGAUACUUGUUCACUGACACAACUGGCAACACCACCCAUAAAAGACUACUGACUUGACAACCUUUCUCCCUCCUUCUCUUUCUCUCUUUUUCCAUUCUGGUAACAGGAUGAAAUGUUGGAUUUGAUUUAUAGAUUUCCCCUGAAUUCUCUUUGUUUCUUCCCUCCUAAGGAGCAUUAGCCUAACUGGUCUUUUUCUAUGGUAUAGAUGGUAAUUCAGAAACUCUUUGGACAGCAAAAUCUCCCCAAAAAAAUUUGUAAUGUGAAGAGUUUAGGUGAUUUCUUUCUUUUCUUUCUCUCUUUCUUCCUUUUUUAAAUUUUUUUUAUACAGCUUUUAUGUUUUAUCUCUGUCUCGUUCUUUUCAAAACUACGACGUUUUGUUUGUUUCUUAGGUAAAAAAAAGGAAAUAACUAGAAAAAAAACUUACUAGCCAAGUCACAAAGAAAAUGGGUUGCACAUAGACUUAUGGAAUAAAGUUUAAUUUGUGAUUUUUUUGUUUUUGUUUUGUUGUUUCUAAUCUUGAUGUAAAUUUACACUAUUUAUAAAUACAUAUUUAUUGCUUGGAAAAAAAAUUUGUCGAUGGAAUGCUGUUAUUUUUUCCCAGAGUACCUGCCAUUAAAUUUGAAGGAGUUUUGUCAUUUUAACACGACUCCUCUUACAUUUUCUAUAUAUAAAUAAAAUUGCUUAGCAAGCAUUGUACAGAAACGGACAUUUAAAAUUGUUUUAUUGUUUGAAGAAUGUUUUAUGAUGAGUCAAUAAACACAAAGUUGUCAAAUUA